UUUCUCUGCUGGUCCAUUCAAAAGGCUGCGUGUGUGUAUGUUUCGCUCAGUAUUUGUUGUGGAAAUUCAAAAUAAAUUGCAGAUUCAAUUGAAAACAGUUUUUCAACUGCUUUAGAGCUUGUGCUUGGUUCGUUAAAGACAAUGCCACUAGCUGAGACCAGCAAAAACAAGUCCAGGAAGGCUGUAACCACGCGAAAGCCCUUCAUCGACAUGGACGAGGAGGAGGAGGAAGGCGGCGGCAGCAGCGCUAUUGUGGAUGAGACAAUGGAUGACGAUGCAAAUGAUCAAGAUGAAAGUAACUCGGAUGAUCAGCGGCAACAAAAGAAUGACGGUGACAGCGAUAUUGAGGACGAUGCGGAUGCAGAUGAGGAUGAUGAUGAUGUUGGACAAACCGGGGAGGCUGCUGAACCUGACGAUGACGACGACGACGACGACGAAGGAGCAGAAGAAGAUCCCGAUAGCAAUCAGUCAAGUGAACAAGAGGAGCAAGUUGAGCCACCAGCCUUUAGUCUAGCCACAUUGGGUCUACAGCGUGUGGGAAGCGCCCCGCCGCCCAAACCGAAGGGCCAAAAGGCACCGAUUCCCACGCUGAAUGCUCGUGGCAUGCCAGCCCGCAUCCGAAAGAAGAAUCCCCUCUUCUAUGACGAAAAUAUUAUCAACGAUGACAAACCGCUGCGCAUGAGCCUGGCCCCCAAGAAGGUUGGACCUGGUCGUCCACCGAACUCAGCCGGUGGCAAUGCUGCUGCCAAGGCGGCGGUGGGGGCCAUCCCAUCCAAGGUGCUGAAGAAACGAAAGGGUGUAGUAUCUCGCUAUAUGCGCACCAGUGACAACGGCUCCAGCUCCAAUUCAGCCAGCAGUCAACAAGGCAGCGGAGCUGUGGGAAAAUUGAAAAAGACGCCCAUUAAAUUACAGUCCAAGUCAGCAGGUGGCGCUGGUGGAGCUGCUGGCCGGGGACAAUCAGCGAUGCAUGGAAAAACUGGUAAAGGAGGAAUUCGUUCCCUCGAAGGUGGUGGAAAGGGACAAUCUGCUCUUGCAGCAGCAAUGGCUAUGGCCCAGGAAGAUGCCAGCAAAGCCGAGGCAGUGGCGGCUACCAACAAACGUCUGGGACAGUCCAUUGGCCUGCGUUUGCGCAAUCUUCUGAAGUUACCCAAGGCCCACAAGUGGGCAAUAGCCGAAUGGUUCUACUCGUAUAUUGAUAAGCCGCUUUUCGACUGCAAGGACGAGUUUAUGAACCACGUCAGCGAGCUGGCUCCCCGGCUGGGUACACGGAAACUCAAUCGCCACGAAUGGGUUAACAUCAGGCGUCGCAUGGGCAGGCCACGACGUUGCUCGGCCAAUUUCUUUAGUGAGGAACGCAAAGAGCUGGACAGGAAACGACAAAUGAUGCGCACCCUGCAGUCCCGCAAGCCGGGUGAACUCAAGGAACCAGGCCUAUUGUCAGAUAUGCCCGAGAAAAUUCCAAUGCCAUUACCGCUAGGUACCAAGGUGACUGCGCGGCUGCGAGCACCCCAGGAUGGCAUUUUCGCUGGUACGGUGGCCGCCUACGACUCACUGAACGCCAUGUACCGCGUAACCUUUGAACGACCCGGGCUUGGCACCCACUCGAUUCCCGAUUAUGAGAUCGUAUCAGAGAACUUCCAUGAGAUGUUGCCGCUGCAAAGUUUCACCAAGGAUUUCAGGCCAAAUCUGGUGAGCAUCUAUCAUCCCAGCUGUUUGGGCUUCACCACAAAUCUGGGUUUCACGGCCAAUCUGAGCUAUUCUCAGAAGCGACUAACGCCAUCCGUUAAUGGGGGCAUUGGUGGUGGUGGUGGUACCCCAGGACUGCAGAGCAGUCCCCAAAAGCAUCUGGCCACAAAUAAUGCAGCGGCCAGAAAUGCACUUAGCAUGAAGCUGAACAAAAGCGAUCCCCUGCUGGGUCAGGAUGCAGUGGGUGAGAGCCCCGGCAGGCAGCAGUUGACCCGCCAUCAUGGCUAUCCCAUGAAACUGCUGGAGCAUCUGCUCCAUCUAGAGAAUUACAUAACGUGUAAGAACAGCAAGAUCCAGCGUCUAAACAAAAUGAAUACAACCGCCGAGUUGACCAUGGGCGAAAUGGUUGGUCAGGAGGAGGUCGGUGAUCGUCAGCGCAAAGUGCUUCGGGACGAUUUUCAACGACGAUAUGCCUCUAACAUCAUCUCGAUAGAACGCAUUAACAGCGAACUCAUGUACGAGUUGACCAAGGUCCAGGAACUUUCCUCCAGUCUCACACGCAAUCCAAAUGUCCAGGCCAUGAUAUCGCCCACUUAUCUACGCGAGGAAUGCCGCACCAAGGCCGGCGAUACGGUUGAUGAUCUGAACAAGGGACUCGUUAAGAGCGCGCGCAUGAUAAAACUGCUUAAGAAUCUAACCACAUUGCUAAUUGUCACACAAAAUCUGGGUGGCGAGUGCGAGUCCAAUGAGGUGAAUAAGGUGCUAGAGGGCUGCAUCGAGGAGGUUCGCUCAAAUCUUGUGUGCAGCGACAACAUUGUUGUCUUUCAGAAGAGUGUACAAUUGCGACUGGAAUAUAUUGCAAUGGACAUAACGCGCUGCUUGGAGGAGCAGGGCCUUAAUCGGACCACUGAACACGGCACCAAGUCGCCCAAGUCAGAAACAUUAGAGGAGAGCCUGGAUCAAGUGGUGCCGGAUGAUGAUGAUGAUAAAGCACAAAAUCAGCAAAAUCGAGAAAAGGAUCAACAAAAUGAAAGCAGCGGCCACAAAGAUGAGCAUCAUGAUAGAGCCGAUCAUAUGGAUGUGGACAAUGUCGAGCAUGAGAUGGAGUCUGAGGAGGAAAAGAAGCAUGACACACGUGAGCCAAGGGAAUCACCUCAACCAGCUACAAUUGAGGAUUCGCAGAUUACCAUUGAAUCUGUUAAAGAGUCUGAAGAGGAUGAUGAUACUGAGGAAGACCACCACCAGUCGCCACAGCAGAAGCAAAAGCCGAAUGUUAAAGAAUUCCAUUCCCAAAUGGAAGUGCUUGAGGAUGAUGAUGACGAUGAGGAAUUUAUAUUAGAGGACGAAAACUAGAUUGAACUUGAAGCAGCAAGCAGCUCGCUGUGUUCUUCUUUCUUAAUUUUACUAUUAAUGUUUAGUUUCAAUUUCGUUUAUAUAUUUUUUUUUGUUUUUCAAUUAUAAACUAUUUUUCUGUCUCUACGACAUUUCAUGCUAAUGCGUUGCAAUAAAGAUUACAACAAGUCA